AGGCUUCGCCCCCGUAGGUGUUCAUGAGGUGGGCGGAUGACCGAUCGGCUUCAGACUCUGGCGAUAACUGUGGCAUUUCUCCCGGAUAUCUGUUCGCCAUGCAGGGUGAUCCGUGGUGGGAGCAGUCCGGCGUCUGCACGGCGAUUGUGGUCUCGCUGACUUUCUUUGGCGUCUUUUAUGCAAUGCAGAGACGGAAGAGGAUGCGGGAACUUUGCAACAUCCCGCCCGGCCCUGCACCCCUGCCCAUCAUUGGCAACUGUGGCUAUUUAUUGGUGCCCAAAUUUAUCUUAAAGUGGAUAAGAAGGUAUAAGUAUGGAGAUGACGUUUCAAAGAGACGCAUGCAGUCUCCGCAGGUGCUGCUGACGGAGUUGUCCGAGGUUUACGGCGCAGUGUAUAGCGUGUUUAUCGGCAGCCAGUUGGUCGUCAUAUUAACGGGAUAUGACGUCGUCCGGGACGCCCUCACUAACCGUGCCGAGGUGUUUUCCGACCGGCCAGAUGUGCCUGUCAUCUCCAUGCUGACAAAGCGGAGAGGCAUUGUAUUCGCCCCCUACGGGCAGGUGUGGAGGCAGCAGCGGAAGUUCUGCCAUGCUGCCUUGCGUAGCUUUGGCCUGGGCAAGCUGAGCCUCGAGCCAUGCAUCCAGGAGGAGGUGCUGUUGGUGAAGCGGGAGCUACUGCAGCUAAGUGCCGAGGCGGGGUGGGGCCCCAUCGACCCUGCCCCCCUCAUCAAUGGCGCCGUAUCCAACGUGAUCUGCUCCCUCAGCUUCGGCCGUCGUUUCCAACCCCUUGAUAACGAGUUCCGAGCCAUGCUGGACCUCAUGUCCCGGGGCCUGGAGAUAGUAUUGAACAGUGCAGCCAUAUUGAUUAACGUGUUCCCCUGGCUGUAUUACCUGCCCUUUGGCGUGUUCAAAGAAGUGAGGACGGUGGAGUCACGUAUCACCCGGUUCCUGAAGGCUAUGAUCGCCGAGCACAGGAGCAGCCUGGACCCCAGUGCCCCCCGGGACCUAAUUGACAUGUAUCUGAUAGAGAUGGCUCAGCGGCAGGAGAGAGGGCCUACAGACAGCAGCUUCUCUGAGGACUACCUCUUCUACAUCAUUGGGGACCUCUUCAUCGCUGGCACAGACACCACCACUAACACCAUCCUCUGGAUCCUGCUCUACAUGAGUCUGUACCCAGAUGUACAAGAGAAGGUCCACCAGGAGAUUGACUCAGUGGUGCCGGUGAGCAGGGCACCCUCCUUGACCGACAAGGCCCGCCUCCCAUACACAGAAGCCAGCAUCCUGGAAGUACAGAGGAUGACCACUGUCGUCCCUUUGGCUAUCCCACAUAUGGCCUCACAGACCACAGAGUUUCGUGGAUACACAAUCCCCAGGGGGACAGUGAUUUUCCCAAACCUGUGGUCUGUCCAUCGAGAUCCAACCGUGUGGGAAAAGCCAGAUGUCUUCAAUCCCAGCAGAUUCCUGGACAGCAGUGGAGUGGUCCAGAGGAGAGAGCACUUCCUCCCCUUUGGCAUCGGCCGCCGUGUCUGCAUGGGCGAGCAGCUGGCCAAAAUGGAGCUCUUCCUCAUGUUCACCGGCUUGAUGCAGGCCUUCACGUUCCGGCUUGCCGAAGGGGCCCCGCUCCCAGCGAUGGAUGGCCGCUUCGGUCUCACUCUGGCCCCCUUCCCGUACUCACUGCGCGUCACGCCUCGCCGCAGUCCCCCGACAUGAGUUCCCGGCCCAUUCCUGCGAGUCGCAACAUGAACCAAUAUAGGAGUGAAGCACCGUGGAGGAUGUUUGUUUCCUCAGGUUUUUCUGUAACAUGAUUGGAAGCCGACUGCUUACUUACCCGUACAGGCCACAGCUAACUGUGAUUUAAUGUUUUAAAAUCAGGCUCUUCUACGGGAGUGAAAGCUGAAAAAUUAUUAUAGGAGCAUUUCUAAAAAUGUAAGUACAAAGUGGGCGCUUUCCUUAAUGCUCUGGCAUCCUCAUCCUGCUCAGAUUUACCUGUCCUCAGGUAAAUGUGAAAAUAUUUUUGAUUCUGAAACUUUCAGGGCUGGUUUUUGAAGAAUUUUGAGAUUUUGAAUUUUUAAAGUCAAUGCAAAUUUGCGACAUAUAUAUUUCUUGGUAAUAUGCGCAUUUUAUAGAUAUAUGCGGUGUCAUCUGAUCGGCCUUCAGACUCUUGGCGGCUGCAGAGGCUGCUGGGAUUGCUGCACUGUGGGGGAGUGGCGUAGACGCCGGGCCCGUUUGUGCUGUGCUGUGCUAUGCGCGUGUUGAAGCGCUUGAUUGGAAUUAUUUGGAAGUAUAUUUGAGUGUUUGUGUACGGUCACGGCCAGUACGAUCACGUGCUUGGUUGUUGUUACAUAUAUAUAAUUUUUCUUUCGGUCGGCGUGAGAGUUUGUCUGCCUUUGCUAAUAAACAGCGCGCGUGUUACCGAUAGCUGCGGGUGUCACGCGAACUGCGUUUCUGUCCGCGUGCCUCGAAUCAAACACCGCGCGCGGGGUAUAAUAUGUAACAUCGGUAACGUUACUCGCAAAAGGACAGUUGCUCCGCAGCUUUGCUCGGUAGCCAGCCGGGGCCGGGGGGACAGUUUCCUGCUUUGAGAGGGUUUUUUGUGUUUUUUUGGCCUCCCAAGAGCAAUUUCACUUUAUUUUACUUAAUUUAAUUUAAACGUGGUUCAGUAGGAAGUUAUUUUCAGGUAAGUAAUUGUUAAUUUGGUUAUUUUAAAAGUUUUAAGGUGGUCAUCUCUGACUCUAUCGGAUACGUUAAAAUUCCGUUUUAAACGCAUGUCUUAAUUUAGUGUUUUAUUGUACUCGGCAUUUUAUUAUAUUAACUAUAUGUUAAUUAAAUCAAGUAAAAGUUAAAUACGCUAUAUUAAUAUACUGGGCUGGGAGUAACGGACGGGGUCAUAGUGAGCUAGGUAAUUUUGGGGCCAGCUGAGUGUUGUGUUUGUAAGAAGUUUGUUCUUCUGGAUGAGGCUGAAACUCGAAACUGUAAACUGGAUGGAGUUAAACAGCAACACUGUUGAAGAGGCCUGGGGCUUUUUUAAAAGCACAUUAUUACAAGUGCAUGAGGACUUCAUACGUGUUUCCAGCUAAACUAAAUCUAGGAAACUACAAUCAAGGUGGUUUACUAUGGAAAUUAGGAAUAAAGUCAGGAGGAAAAGGACUCUUCCGUAAAUGGAACUUAACGAUUUCAAAAUAAAGCAGGAGUAUCUAAGUCUACAGGUUGAGUUAAAAUACAAUAUUGGACUCUCUAAGAGGAAUGUCGAAAGAAAAAUAGCGUUGGAUGCUAAGUAUGACAAUAAAAGUUUCUUCCAAUAUUUUAACUCCAAAAGAGCUGUAAAAGCUGAAAUCACUAAUUUGUAGGAUAGUAAGGGCCUUAUAAUUGAAAAUGAAAUUGAUAUAGUAAAUGAGUUUGAUUAUUUUACACGGGUGUUCACAGUAGAGAACAUGAGUGACUUACCACCAUUUAGUAUGAUAUCAGCAUCGUCUUUGACCAAUAUAUGUAUAACUGAGGCUGAUGUGGUACUAAUCCUAGCUAAGCUUAAAAUAAAUAAUUUGCAGGGUCCUGAUGGCAUCUUACCUAUAGUUUUAAAAGAGAUGAGCGAUAUUCUUAGCCAACCUUUAGCUUUAAUUUUCCAGAAAUCGUUAGGGUGUGGUACCUUCAGAUUGGAAGCUUGCUAAUAUAACGCCCAUAUUCAACAAAGGGGAUAGAAGUAACCCAGAAAACUAUAGGCCAAUCAGUUUAACUAGCAUUACUGGAAAAAUAAUGGAAGCUCUAAUCCAAGUGAAAAUGGUAGAUUACCUGGAUGCAAAUAAGAUUCUGAGGGAUAGCCAACAUGGAUUUAGGAGAGGUAGAUCCUGUUUAACGAAUUUACUUGAGUUCUUUGAGGAAACUACAAGAGAAAUUGAUCACAAAAAGGCCUACGAUGUGAUCUACUUAGAUUUCCAGAAGGCCUUUGAUGUUGUCCCCCACAAACGGCCCUUGCUUACGUUCAAAGCUGCAGGGAUUUUAGGAACUGUAGCAGAUUGGGUCAAAAACUGGUUAACUGACAGGAAGCAGUGGGUAGUUAUUAGAGGCACAAUGUCACAGUGGGCCUGUUUUCAUAGUGGGGUACCGCAGGGCUCAAUUUUAGGACCACUGUUGUUCCAAAUUUACAUUAAUGAUAUUGACACCAAUACAUACAGUAAACUGGUUAAAUGUGCAGACAACACCAAGAUGGGUGGUGUAGCAGAUACUGAUCUAGCAGCGGAGAAGCUACAAUGGGAUCUGGAUUUAAUUAGCGACUGGGCUGAUACCUGGCAGAUGAAAUUUAACAUAGAUAAAUGUAAGGUAAUCCAUGCAGGGAGCAGAAAUAUAAAGUACAGAUAUUUUAUGGGUUCCACUGAAAUAAAGGUAGCUGAUUACGAGAAAGAUCUCGGUGUGUAUAUUGAUGCUUCCAUGUCCCACUCCCGCCAGUGUGGGGAAGCAAUUAAGAAGGCCAAUAGGAUGUUGGGUUACAUCUCUAGGUGUGUGGAGUUUAAGUCAAGGGAAGUGAUGCUAUGAUUACAUAAUUUCUUGGUAAAACCCCACCUAGAAUAUUGUGUGCAGGUUUGGUCACCAUACCUUAAGAAGGACAUUGCUGCCUUGGAAAGGGUGCAACAUAGAGCUAC